AUGGACAUAGAUACACGAGCCCCGUCGCCGGCGAGCGACACCAUCGAGGAAAUUGCGGAUCCCCCAUGGACCGAUGGGAGUGUCCCGCAGGCGAAUUCGAACCCGACGGCUUCGCCGCAGUCUAGCUCCGAACGCGACCAAUCCGACGUGACAUGUAACCUGGCGGCGCUCGCGGGGCUCGCCGGCUCUCAUGGCUCUGGCGCUUCUGGCCGCUCUGCGGGCGCGGUCACCAAAAUGCCGGCGUCUGCUCAUGCACCCGGGCCACCGACCAUGCCCGCGCCCGCGAGUCUCCCGCCGCCUCCGCUAAACCCUCAAGCCGCCGCGACUGCGGUGCCAACCCCGGCACAACAGCCGGCGCCAACGGGCGUGCAUGUCUGUUCGAACUGCAACGUCGCUCAACCCGCAAGCACGAGUAUGACCAUCCACCCCAGCCAGCCAAGUGGCAGUCCCAGCCUGCUGGCCAGCAUUGGGCGCGGGUCUGCGGGGCCCGCCCAGACGCACUCGAUGUCGCCGAGCCUCCUACCUGCCGUUCCGCAACGGUCCACUCCCUCACCGCCUCCAAGCGGGGACCUCGAGAAAGAGGUGCGCUACCUGCGUACGCGACUGAAGGAAGCUGAAGCCCUUUCCGCGCGCUUACACGGGCAACUCGAGAGCUCCCAGCAACGUCUCUCCAAGGAGCGCCAGCAUCACGAGUCGAUAACGGAGAUGUGGGCGAACCGCGUCGGCGUUCUGGAGGUGGACAACCAGAAGCUGAGAGCGCGGCUUGGGCUCGGCGACAAAGUGUCGGACAUGGCAUCGGGGAUCAUGGGCGAGGGGCGCCUGAGCUUCGGCGCAUCGAAGGGGCACACCCGACGGACGAGCAAGGAUGUCAAUGCGGGCAAGAAACGCAGCCCCUCCAGUGAUCCCAGGCGUGGGACGCCGCCACGACAUAUCGACAUUGAUCCCCCGAGUCUCUCGAGUCUGAGUGCGGGCACCACGACGACACCGAAAGCGACGACACCUAGAUGUCAGGACGUGUGUCCCAUACAGUGCUCGCAGCAGCUCGUCGUCGGGCAGGAGCAGCCAUGA